AUGUUAGCUUCCAGACCCGGUGGCCAGGAAGCCCAGCUCCUGCUGCUGUCGCUUCUGCUCGUCGCAGCCUGGGAGGCCGGGAGCGGCCAGGUCCACUACUCGGUCCCCGAGGAGGCCAAACACGGCACCUUCGUGGGCCGCAUCGCGCAGGACCUGGGGCUGGAGCUGGCCGAGCUGGUGCCGCGCCUGUUCCGGGUGGCGUCCAAAGGCCGCGCGGACCUUCUGGAGGUGAAUCUGCAGAACGGCAUUUUGUUCGUGAAUUCUCGGAUCGACCGCGAGGAGCUGUGCGGGCGGAGCGCGGUGUGCAGCAUCCACCUGGAGGUGAUCGUGGACAAGCCGCUGCAGGUUUUCCACGUGGAGGUGGAGGUGAGGGACAUUAACGACAACCCGCCGGUGUUCCCGGCGACACAAAAGAAUCUGUUUAUUUCUGAAACUAGAGCUCUUGACUCUCAUUUACCACUAGAGGGCGCCUCUGAUGAAGACGUUGGGGAGAACGCUCUGCUGAUUUACAGACUGAGCCCCAAUGAGUAUUUCUCCCUGGAUGUACCAACCAGCGACGAGCAGGUAAAGCCGCUCGGGCUAGUACUAAAAAAAUCUUUAGACAGGGAAGUUGCUUCAAAGCUUCUUUUGGUGCUCAAAGCAACUGACAGAGGUAAACCUGAGCUGACAGGCACCGUAGAAUUAUGUAUUACAGUACUGGACGUAAAUGACAAUGCCCCAGUGUUUGACAAAGCAGUCUACCGUGCAAAAUUACUGGAAAAUGCAAGAAAUGGUACAUUGGUUAUUAGACUAAACGCCUCAGAUCUGGACGAGGGCUCAAACAGCCACAUUCUUUAUUCCUUCGCAACUGAUGCCUCCCCUUACAUAGAAGCCUCUUUUCGCAUAGAUUCAGCCAGCGGAGAAAUAACAGUAAGUGGAAAACUAGAUUUUGAAGAAGCUAAAUUAUAUAAGAUUCAAGUAGAAGCAGUUGACAAAGGAAGCCCUCCAAUGUUUGGUCACUGCAUUGUCUUGAUAGAAAUCUUGGACGUCAAUGAUAAUGCUCCCGAGUUGAUGGUGACGUCGUUAUCGCUCCCUGUACGAGAGGACGCUCCCCAGGGCACUGUCAUCGCUCUCAUCACUGUGUCCGACCGGGACUCUGGCACCAAUGGGCAGGUGACCUGCUUCCUAAUGGCCCAUGACCCCUUCAAGCUGGUGUCCACCUUCAAGAAUUACUAUUCGUUAGUUCUGGAAAACGCUCUGGACCGCGAGAGUGUGUCAGCCUAUACGCUGGUGGUGACAGCGCAGGACGGGGGAUCACCUUCUCUGUCGGCCACAACCAGCUUGUCCGUGGAGGUAGCCGACGUGAACGACAACGCACCCACGUUCGCCCAGCCUGAAUAUACGGUGUUCGUGAAGGAGAACAACCCACCAGGCUGCCACAUCUUCACGGUGUCGGCACACGACACGGACACUCAGGAGAACGCGCUGGUGUCCUACUCGCUCGUGGAGCGGCGGGUGGGCGAGCGCGCGCUGUCGAGCUACGUGUCCGUGCACGCCGAGAGCGGCAAGGUGUACGCGCUGCAGCCCCUGGACCACGAGGAGCUGGAGCUACUUCAGUUCCAGGUGAGCGCGCGCGACUCGGGCUUCCCGCCUCUGGGCAGCAAUGUGACGCUGCAGGUGUUCGUGCUGGACGAGAACGACAAUCCGCCGGCGCUGCUGCCGCCCGGGUCGGGGGGCGCGGGCGGCGCGGUGAACUACCUGGUGCCGUGGUCUGUGGUUGCAGGCCAUGUGGUGGCGAAGGUGCGCGCGGUGGACGCAGACUCGGGCUACAACGCGUGGUUGUCGUAUGAGCUGCUGCCUACGUCAGGCGGUGCGCGCAGCCCAUUCCGCGUGGGUCUGUACACAGGCGAGGUGAGCACGACACGCGCCCUGGAAGAGGCGGACGCGCCACAACAGCGCCUGCUGGUGCUGGUAAAGGACCACGGGGAGCCGCCGCUGAUGGCCACAGCCACCGUACUGGUGUCGCUGGUGGAGAGUGGCCAGGCGCUGAAGACGUCGUCGCGGACGUUGCCGGGUUCAGCGGGCCAGGAGGCGGUGCUGAUGGAUGUCAACGUGUACCUGAUCAUCGCCAUCUGCGCGGUGUCCAGCCUGUUGGUGCUCACGCUGCUGCUGUACGCUGCCCUCAGGUGCUCGGCGCCGCCCACAGAGGGCGCGUGCGGGUUGGGAAAGCCCACGCUAGUGUGCUCCAGCGCGGUGGGGACCUGGUCGUACUCGCAGCAGAGGAGGCAGAGGGUGUGCUCUGGGGAGGGACCGACCAAGACCGACCUUAUGGCCUUCAGCCCCAGCGUUCCAGCUGGUUCAGGUUUGGGAAACAGUGCAGACCAAGAGGAAAUUUGCGGGAAUGUAAGUAAAGUAAUUCUGUGA